GAUCAGUCGGUGUUAAAUGUUGGUGCAGGGUCCACUGCUGAAUGACGAAGAGGAGGAAGAUGAAGAGGCCCCAGUGAAACCCCAGCGCACGGAGAGGAAAGCUGCACGUGCAAGCAAAGAGGCAAUGAAACAACUCCACAGCGAGUCUCAGAGACUGAUCAGAGAGUCUGCUCUAGGCUUGCCCUACCACAUCCCUGAGCCAAAGACCAUUGACCAGUUCUUUAAGAAGAGAGCCAGGCCAGAGGGUCCUGCCAUGGCAUUAUUGAAAUCUACAAAGUAUUCAGCCAUGAUGUUGGAGACGUCACCAGCUCCUCCUAUAAACCCAUUCAGUGAGCCCCAACAGGAGUCUUGUCCCUCUCUGGAGCGCUCGUCUGCUCAGAUCCAACCCUUACCUCAGCCUGCUGCCACCUCAUCUCCACAGCAGGAGAGCCUCAACCAGGACCAAGAAGCAGCUGUGGCCCUAGAUCCUGACCAGGAAUCUGGCCCUAUGCUUUACCUCUCUGAGAGUCUGCAGGGGUCAGUCACAGCAGAUGGAGAAAUGAGACAAGCUUCUGACUCUGAAGAAGACAUGUCUGUCCCUAUAGAACAAAGCAAAACUACAGUAAUGUCUGACUCUGAAACACUGCAAAAGGACCCUUUACCUGGUGCUUUGGCUGAGCCUUUAGCUGCUCGGUGUGUUGGCACUGACCCAGCUGCAGCAGAGCCCUCAGCGCAGCAGCCCACCAAACCAAACAAGGACAAAUUGGCCAGAUUAAAGGAGCUUGGCCUGGAACCCCCACCUGUUGCUAAAUUGUGUGCAGAUGACGGUGCGUUUGUUCAUCUUGAGCCUCCGCAGCUUAACCCUGGUGUUGAGGCCCUGAAGGUGCGUUACCUUCGGCAUGUCCAGGUACCCGUGCAGCCCCAAGGAGAGCAUAAAAUGCAUCUCAGCAUCAUCCGUAAAGACAGCACCCCAUCUGGCAAGGAAGAGUUGCACGCUGAGUCGCUUACUGUCACUGUUAAAGAGGGAGCAGAUAAGCCAGCGCCCACCAAGCCCGGGGAGAAGCUGCUGACGCUGAAGCAGCGUCUACAGUUGGCCAUGGCCCAGCGGAGACAGGUGGAAAGGGCACGCAAGGCUGAGCUGAAUCACCUUGACAAUGAAGACUGGGGUGAGGAGGAGGAGGAAGAGGAGGAGAUGACAGAUGAAUCAGAGGAUGAAGAGGGUGUAGAUAACUUACUGGGAGGAGAUGAUGGAGAAGAUGAAGUUGAAGCAGAAGACGAGGAGGAAGGCAGUGUAGUGCAGAGUAUCAGGAGCCCUUCUCCAGUGACACUGAACAGACCCUCAUCAACGCCUGAUCUCAUUAACACAGAUGGCACACUCCUGCUGUUCGCUGGCAACUCCUGCUCUCGUACUGGUGAUGGUGUAAAAAGGUCUGGUCCUUCUGGACAGGAUGGCAGCAAUAAGUUGGAAGAGGAUGACUCCCUGUCCCUGGUGAAGGACAGUAGCCACAACAGUAGUUUUGAACUUCCAGGAUCAAUGAUCACCUCCUACCAACCUGUCAAUCACCAGCGCUCCUCAGGGAGAGGUGUUCCAAGCUCGUCGGUUUUCCGCUCCCCUUCUCCCUGCCUCUUCAGGCCCAGUUUUCUUGGCUCUGCCUCGAAGAGUUCAGGGAAGCUGUCGGAGCCCUCUCUCUCUCUUCCUGUUGAAGACUCCCAAGACCUAUAUGCACCUCCUUCCCCAGGUGCAGAUUCAGGACCCCUGACUGAAGCAGCUUCUGGCCCUGGCCUGGGAGGUGACUCCCAAUGCCGCUUCUCCCUGGAAGAUGAUGCCCAUUCCCAGUUACUUGACGCAGAUGGCUUCCUGAACGUGGGGCCUCGUCCCGGCGUGCCUGGCUCCCACAAAAGACAGUUGAUCCUGGACAGUCUGGAUGAAAAUGCAAUGGAUGGCAACAUGGGGGAGCUGCUAGGGUUGUGCUCAGGUGUUUUUGGGACAGUAGAGAGUGGCUCCGGUACAAGCGGAGGCCUUGGACCCAUGCAGGAGGAUGAGCUGCUUCGUCUGUGCUCUGGAGCAUUUCCACCAACACAGGCAGGAGAGGAGCUGAUGGAAAUGGAGAAGAAUAAAGAUGGAAGACAAGAUGAAGAAUCUGAAAAUACUAUGGAUCAGCUCCUGGGGCUGUGUUCAGGCAAAUUCCCUAGUCUGGUUGUGAGUUCAGGGAAGCUGUCGGAGCCCUCUCUCUCUCUUCCUGUUGAAGACUCCCAAGACCUAUAUGCACCUCCUUCCCCAGGUGCAGAUUCAGGACCCCUGACUGAAGCAGCUUCUGGCCCUGGCCUGGGAGGUGACUCCCAAUGCCGCUUCUCCCUGGAAGAUGAUGCCCAUUCCCAGUUACUUGACGCAGAUGGCUUCCUGAACGUGGGGCCUCGUCCCGGCGUGCCUGGCUCCCACAAAAGACAGUUGAUCCUGGACAGUCUGGAUGAAAAUGCAAUGGAUGGCAACAUGGGGGAGCUGCUAGGGUUGUGCUCAGGUGUUUUUGGGACAGUAGAGAGUGGCUCCGGUACAAGCGGAGGCCUUGGACCCAUGCAGGAGGAUGAGCUGCUUCGUCUGUGCUCUGGAGCAUUUCCACCAACACAGGCAGGAGAGGAGCUGAUGGAAAUGGAGAAGAAUAAAGAUGGAAGACAAGAUGAAGAAUCUGAAAAUACUAUGGAUCAGCUCCUGGGGCUGUGUUCAGGCAAAUUCCCUAGUCUGGAUUCUACUCACACAGCUUCACCAGCACCAAACAGUAAAAAGAAAUCAGAGGAAGAGGAGCAGGUGGAGGAAGAGGAUUGCGGGUUUCGGCUUCUGUCAGAUGUGGAAAGUCAUAGUGAGCAGGAGGAGAGCGAUGAGGAUGGUGGAGGGGAAAGUGAGGAGGAGGAUGAGGAGGCAGAUGAUAUAGAAGAGGAGGAGAUGCAGGGUUUGUUUGCAUCACAUCUAGUCAAGAAAAAUAAGAAAAUGCGCUUGGCUGACUACCUGGAAUCGGAGGCUGCGCUGUCAGGCAGCGAUGUGGGCAGCGAUGAUGAAGAAGGUGAUGGAGGGAGUGAAUACGAGGAAGAGGAGCUUCUUGAAGAGCUUCCCUCUGACGAAGAGCUGCAGGACCAGGUCAACAAGAUCCACAUGAAGCAGAUACAGGAUGACGACAAGCGCCGUCUGAGGCUUUACCAAGAGCGCUACCUCCUUGAUGGUGACCUGCACUCUGAUGGUCCAGGACGAGCUCGUCGCUUCCGCUGGAAAAGCACAGAUGAUGCUUUCGACAUGGACAGGAUGGGGGCAGAGGGCGAAGAAGAGGAGGAAGAUGAAGACAUGGACCAGAGUGAGGUCCAGAGGAGGAAAGAGAGGCUGGAGAGGGAGCAGUGGCUCAGAGAACAGUCUGAACAAAAAGCCAAGAAAGGGGAGGAUUUGGAUGUAGACGAUGAGAAGAUCGGAGAGGAGGACAGUCAGUUUAUGAAGCUGGCCAAGAAACUGACUGCCAAGACUCUGCAGAGAAAAGAGCCCCCUGUCGCACCUCAGCCAGAGAAGACCUCAUCAGCUUUGAAUCUCUUCCAGAGACCCUCACAGCAUUUACAGGUGAGGAGAGGAUCACUACUGAAUCAGCCUCGCGCCGUCCUCCAGAAGCUGGCGUCGAUCUCUGAGGGGAACCCUCUGGCGCCUAGAACCAGCCGGGGGUUUUUGUUUCAAACGCUCUCUCCUGAGAAGGACAACUCGAUAUCAGCUGCUCCCCAAAAUCAGAUGAUGAUGAAGAAGAGGGGGCAGGUGGAAGCUGUCAACCCAGCAGCCAAGAGGGUCUGCAGGGAGAACAAGCCUACUGGACAGAUUAAAGGCCCCCAGAGGAGCAUCUUCAGCUUCCUGGACCACUGAGGUCACAACACACUAAGGGACUGAUCAGCAAACCAAUAAGGGCCAGAACA